UGCUCUCACACAAACGUAUAUAACUCUGCUCAGUCAAUUACUAUCGCCACUCCUAACCAUGUCUGCUAUCCGCGCUUUCAGAUCCGCUCGAAUCACCUCGCUCAGAGCACCAACUGUCAUGUUCUCCACCCGAGGCUACGCCGACAGCACCAGACCCGAAGGUCAGACUGCUUCCUCCAAGGGUUUCAGCCAACGAGAGCAAGCCGAGGAGGGACAAUACAUCCGCAAGAAGGAGCAGGAAAAGCUCAAGGAAGCUCAAGACAAGCUGAAGCUUGCUCAGGACGAGGUCGACAAGGCUCAGGAUGCUGUCAACAAAUCCAAGUCCAAGUAGAUGGUCUAUGCGGUAGCAAAGGCCAUACCAUAUCCUGAAUUGUUUACCUUGCGCAAUUCGCAAUGGGCCUCCUCAUAAACCGUCCCAAAGAAAACAAGUAUGCAUAUCAACAAUGUCAUUG